AUGAAGUGGGUGACUUUUAUUUCCCUUCUCUUUCUUUUCAGCUCUGCUUAUUCCAGGGGUGUCUUUCGACGAGAUGCAUACAAGAGUGAGAUUGCUUAUCGAUUUAAUGAUCUGGGAGAACAUCAUUUCAAAGGCCUAGUACUGGUUACCUUUUCUCAGUAUUUCCAGAAGUGCCCAUUUGAAGAACAUGUAAAAUUAGUGAAUGAAAUAAAUGAGUUUGCAAAAACAUGUGUUGCCGAUGAGUCAGCUGCAAACUGUGACAAAGACCUGCAUACUCUUUUUGGAGAUAAGUUAUGUUCCAUUCCAAGUCUUCGUGAUAACUAUGGUGAAAUGGCUGACUGCUGUGACAAACAAGAACCUGAGAGAAAUGAAUGCUUCUUGCAACACAAAGACGACAGCCCUAACUUGCCUCGGUUGGUGAGACCAGAGACUGACGUACUGUGCACCUCCUUUCAAGGAAAUGAAAAUAAGUUUUUGGCAGU